CCAGACUCCAGGAGUCGCGGAACAGCACUUCACUGGGCGCGAAGCGAGCAGACACCUGGCCGCGAGGAAAGAGCGCGCCCUCGAGGCGUGGGCGGGGGCGCAGGCCCGUGAGGCUCCGGCUCGAGAGAGGCGCCGGCUGCCAUGCCGAGCCGGGGCGGCAGCGCCCAAGAAGACUCCUCCUCCUCCUCCUCCUCCGAUGCCGGCGCUGCCGGGGCCCCCGCGGCCCAGCGGCUGCCCGCGAGCCUCGCGUGGCUGGGCCCGGAGCCCCCGCAGGGCCGCAGCGAGGGCCAGGCCUCGCCCGGCGGCUCCGACGCGUCAGGCGGCCGGUCGCCGCAGCGUGCCGCGGGCGGUGGUGCUGGCGCCGAGGUCGGCGCCGAGCGGCCUGGGCGCGCUGGGCGGGCCGUCUUCUGCGAUUUGGACUCGUGGGAGAAAAGAGGAAGCAGCGCAUAGGCAUUCCCCAAUCUCAGAGCUUUGGCCUCUGUAGGGGGCCUAUAGCGGAUUCGUAUGGUCAGGUUCGGUUUGUGGCCGAUUUUCGCCGGGUGCCCGGGGGGGCCCUAUAGCCCUA